AUGGCAUCAGCUGCAGACGAGUCGGAUGAAUAUUUACAAGGCGACGACUCUGAAGAUUUUUCGGACGAGGAUGUGCGUGCUAAUAGGUGGCACGGUCCCAAGUCCACAUGGCAGCGAUUCAACCACGAGGAAAUAGAUACGUUAACAGCGCUCAAGGAGAUUCGUGAUAGGGACUUAUCAGUUCAUUUAUAUAAUGCAUUUGCGCUUAAGCAAGGGCAUAAGAAGGCGCAAGCUGGACCGGUGCCUAAUAAGGAUAUCAAUGAGGCGACCGGACAGCCAGUUCAACCCGACGACUGGCUGCCGCAACGGGCAUGGACGGCUUGGCCUAUGCGCGCAGAUAAAGUCCCACCACCGCAGGACAACGCCAGGAGUCUCAUGAAUGGUCGGGAUGAGAUAUUUACGUUGAGAAAGGCCGUUCGUGAUAUGCCAAGCACGGCCCUGGAAGAGAUCAUCGGCGGCGAGAUCUUAAAAACUGCCAAAGACAAAUUUAAUGCCAGACCCUGGGUUAAGCCGGAUGUGUCUGACGAAGAAGUAGAUUCGGACUUGCAAGAAGAUAUUGACGAUGAGGAUUCGGGUAGAGAGACGGAGGCUUCUACAUCGUCUAGACGUAAGAAAUCUAGAUCCAGGUCUAAGUCUGCUAAACUCGAGGCCGUGAGUGAUGAAAAGAUGGACGUUGACGAGAGCAAACCUGAAAUCGAUCCUCUCAGCAAGUCGGAUAAGAAACCCAGACUGAGGCCAAUAGUCUCGACAGAUGACGAUCUAUCCUACAGUCUCUUGCGCCCAUCCGUCCGGCAUAUCCUCACCAAGCUGGAUGCAACACUCACUAUUCUACAUAAUACACAAGAAUCGGCUCUAAAUUACCAGUCCGACUCAGCGGACUCAGAAGCAUCAGACGCCUCGCAUCCUAGUAGCCGAAAGCCACGAUCUAGACAGGGCUCGCAAAUCCCAAUUGAUGGAAGAAAGCGCCAAGGCAGGCCACUUGGAUCUUUAUCUCGAAGUCGAUCUCGCAGACGGUCAAAGGUGAGGGAGGUGACAGUACCGCCGACAGAAGACCUACCUCAGAAUAAGGAAGAAGGAAACCCUACUAGGAAGCCGGGCAGACCGAAGAAAGCAUAUCUUCGUCUCGAGGGCGAGACCGACCGAGAGUAUGCCAUCCGCAUCGCAAGAUUACAGAAAAAACCGAUCCCCGUAUUUUCUGAUGACUCUGACCCAAAGGCCGAUUCUGGUGCAGAAGACCCGGCGGGAGACAGCGGUAACUCCGGUGAUGGGGAAGAGACCACCACCGAGACGGGCCGCGGGAGAUUAGCACGGCGGAAGAGAAAGAUAAACAAGGACAGCCGGUCUCCUUCUCAGGCCUCAUCUGCUUCCGGAGGAAAACACCACAAUAAUCAGAGGCCCGGACAUUCGAGGACUCGUCUCGGCCUCCGAGACUGGAGGGAUGUUCUCGGCGCUGCGGCACUAGCCGGGUUCCCAGCAGACGCAGUCGACCGCGCAGCAAGACGCUGCGCCGACCUCUUCGGACAGAGCAUGACGCUGCACACCCUCGCCGAGGGCCCAGCCAUCUUACCAUCAGGCCGGAAAGCUCCCGUGGGCAGGGUAACUACAUAUGUUCCCGGAAUGCCGCGACCGCCCUUGCUAGAAGAAGAGGAAGAGAAGGAGGAGGAGGAGGAGGAGGAGCAACGGCAUACUCGUUCUACGAGCAUGGCUCCUAGCGCAAUAUCCGGAGACGAAGCCGGCCCGUCUGGGCGCCGCGCGCGCAGCCGCUCGCGAUCCCAAUCGCGGUCGCGGUCUGCGUCCGCGGCGCCGGGGCACUUUACGUGUUUGUUCGCGGACUGUCCGCGGGCUGCGGAGGGGGAAGGGUUCGUACGCCGGUAUAACAUGCUAAGACACAUGAAGCUGGUGCACGGGUACGCGCCGUCGGAAGCGGGGAGCGGAGACGAAGCUACGGCGACGGCGAUGGGGGCGGGCAUGCGGGAGGAGGUGGAUAGUGAGGAUGAGAUGCAUGGCGCUGUGCAUGUCGAUUGGUUCCUGCGCCCGGUUAAGAUUCGUCGGGGGUGGCGGACGAACGAUGUCAGUGGGGGGUCUAGGACUAGGACUAGGACUAGGAGGAGCGGGUACGGGUCACGGGGGAGGAGUCGGGGGAGAGAUAGAGAAGGGGGAAUGGGUGGUGGUGAGGACGGAGAUGGGGAUAUGAGGAUGGGUGGGAGGAGUGAUUGA